AAGAUGUAGGUAACGUUACAGUGUGGUGAGAAACGAACCAGAAUGAAGAGUUGUGUUCGCUGAUGAACAAGUGAACGUGCGGUUCCUCCUAAUAUCUAACACAAGUCACUGCACUGCACGCAAAGCUAAAAGUAAGCUAACGAGCUAGCUAGCAUGCAGCACUGACUUCCAACUGUCAGUUUGUAGUCUUACCUUACAUGGAAGUGGAUGAGGACUGAAGUGUGUCCAAAAUAAAACGAUAGUCGUUUUUUUUCUGACCAACGUUAGCCCGCAGGCCAAGUCACUACAGCUCCAAUAAUAUAAUUAGCCUGUUGUCCCCACAAACAUUUUAUAAGGCUUUGAGUUCGUUUUUACUUUCGAGAACGAAAACGGGUCUGUUUGAGGCUACCAGGUGUUAUUACUUACCUUACGUUGGGUUUGUUACAGUUUAUAUAGACAUGGGAUUUGUGUGUUUUACACACUUUUGUGUAACGAUAUCACAUGCUUUUAUUUUACUGCACACACGCCUACAGUGUGUUUUCUAAAAAAUAAUUUAUUUGGAAAACAAAGAUGCUGACGGAAGGCUACGAGGAUCAUCUGGAUCAGAGCAACGCGGAUACAUUAUAUCCCGUUUUUUAAGAAAUGCUACAUUUCUUAACGUACUUUUUAACUGAGUAAAAUGUGAUGCAUUCAGAAUAUGCGGUCACGCAAUGUUCACGGCAAAGAAAUGGAUUAUGUUUGAAACAUACAACUUUUAAAUGUAUUUUUGUUAAAUCGGAACGGAAGGCGAUUACUCUCUUGAUACAUUUAAUCUUUGGAGUGUUUAACCUCCCGGCGCACAGUUUUAGCGCAAAUUGAGAAAAGUAGCGCUACUCUUAAUGUGUAACUACAAGCUUCACAUCCCAAAUUAAUUUAAACGUCCCCCAAUUACAAUUGUAUUCAUGAUAAAUCUUUAAUCUUAAACUAAAGAAAACAUGUUCAAAAGGUAGGGGCGUGACCGUGGCCGCCAUGUUCCCAUAAUGCAUUGCGUGCUCGUAGCAGUUACCGUAUAAUCUAAACUAUUUACACUUAUAUUUCACUCACAACGUUGCGAUGCAGUUGCCAGAUAAUACAAACACUUUUUCUGCGGUCCUGUAUGCUUUUAAUGUUAUUUACAAAUAAACUUUUAUGAAUGAAACCUAACAGAGGAAGGUAUGACGGGGAUAGGCGUCCUGCACUCUGUCGUUCAUUCUUCAGUACACUCUCGUUUCUCUUCAGAUCGCAUAAAUCUUUCGCCUUUUACUAAAGAUUUCCGUGGAGAGGAACAUUAAGAGUAUAAACUAAUUUUUUGAUGCCCUGCUUCAGUGCGGGGCUUCCAAUCUUGUAAAACAAUAACAUUACUUCUAAACAUAGUAUUGGAUUGUAUAUCUAGUAACAGUUGAAAAUCUAAUGUCAUGUAGUAAUAUGUAUAACAUACAGUUAUAUGUACACACACACGGUUAUGUCUGUCUUUAACUUUCUUUAAUCAGAAAAGCUUAAAAUAUUUUUAAUUGGAAUAAAACAUUAUCUCUACGAUCCUGCAGAAGGUGAGCGAGGAGCUUCAUGUCGGCAUAACAAGGCUACCUGGAGAGGACAGACAACAGAACAUACGUUAAAUUGGAAACACCACAAAAUGAGAGCUACAUUUGUCGUGCACUAAAUGUUUUUAGUAAUAUUACUGUUUUAUUGACGUCUAUCGGGAGUAAAUGCCUUGCUCAAGAGUCCUUAAGUGGUGCAGAAGCUUAAAAAGGCCUUUAGCGCUGUAGACAUGUAGUCAUGUGUAACCAGUUUAUCUGAAGUCUCGUAUUCAUAGUGAUGGUCAUAAUCUCAAAGGAAAAUGAGAAGUUAUUGAGGUCAUUGUGUCAUUUGUGUUUAUCUGUCAACUGUCAGUUUCCUGUUGCAUCUUUUCAACAUCCUUUUUCUGGAGAAUGUGCAUUGAGUUGCAGUAGUAGGCAGUACCAGGUUCAUAGCUCACAGUCAGGCGUUUGGCUUCAGCUGUUCUCUCUGGGAAGGACGGCACACGUCAGUGGGUGAGCAGCUAUGGUUCUGUCUCACCUCCCUCUCCCCUUCCUCCUCCUCUUCCUCUCUCCCCUCUCCUGCGUGGGAGUUGUCCUCCCCCACGCCCCCCUGCCGGCCGUGGCCGCAGCAGGCCCCGUCCUGCAGGGCCGGCCCUUCGUUGUGGUGUGGAACAUGCCCACGGCUCGCUGUCACAAGCGCUACAACGUCCGUCUGGACCUGGACCACUUUGACAUCGUGGAGAACAGACAGCAGCGCUUCCAGGGACAGAAAAUGACCAUCUUCUACCGGGACCGCCUGGGGAAAUAUCCGUACCUCUCACGAGACGGCGGGAAGGUAAACGGAGGGAUACCGCAGCUCAGCGACCUCUCAGCCCACCUUUCUCUUGCGAUGACGCAGAUGUCCGGGUUGCUGCGGCCAAACUUCACCGGUAUAGCCGUCAUCGACUGGGAAGAGUGGCGGCCAUUGUGGGAGAGAAACUUUGGAACCAAGAUGGAGUACCGGAGGCAGUCCAAGCUGCUGGUGAGACAGGAGAGACCGGAGUUGUCAGAGAGGGCAACGACUACGUUGGCAAGGCAAAGGUUUGAGGAGAGCGCCCGAUGGUUCAUGGGGGAGACGCUGCAGUCGGCGGUCAGAGUUCAUCCCAAGGGAUUCUGGGGGUUUUAUGGUUUUCCUGCCUGCUUUAAUAAGCAGAAGCGAAAGACAGAUAAAAGCUACACCGGACGCUGCCAGCGGGGGAACAAGGACCAAAAUGACCGUCUGUCCUGGCUCUGGCGUCGGUCCACUGCUCUCUAUCCCAGCGUCUACCUGCCGCAAAGACUGGCAGGAUCCCCAGAUGCAGCUCUGAUGGUCAGACACAGACUGCUGGAGGCUUUGAGGGUGGCGUCGGUUUGGCGCCAUGGCAAUGAUACCAGACGGGCCACACCAGUCCUUCCCUAUGCCAGGCUAGCGUUCAGUCACUCUCUCACUUUUCUUAAUAAGACAGACCUGGUGCACACAUUGGGGGAGAGUGCGGCGCUUGGAGCUGCCGGCGUGGUGCUGUGGGGAGAGCUGAAAUUUGCCAAAUCCAAGCAUCAGUGCAGCCUUCUCAGGGACUACAUACACACGGUCCUGGGUCCCUUCGUCCAAUCACUGAGGUCCGACAUGAAGCGCUGCAGCCUUCAACUUUGCCGCGACAAUGGCCGCUGCGCCAGGCGACGCCCCGGCUCUAGUCACAUGGUCGGCUCCAGUCCGGCCAUGACCUCUGACUCUGAUGAGAUCAACGUCCUCACUGGCUCCUUCAACGGCAAACACUUUCACAACCACUUCAUGUGUCAGUGCUACCCGGGCUGGAGCGGGCAGGAAUGUCAAGAGGAAGAGGAGGACGAAGACAGACAGUAGAGCACAUAAACCAAACUUUACUGUCAAGGUGCGGUCGCUAAUGUAAAGUCGGAAUGUAAAAAAUCAAUUCAAACAAAUAGAUUCGUGAAUUGUGUUUAAUUUACAUGAUUUAAAAAAGGGUGAAUUUCACAAAAACAAUUCGUAAUAUGAAAUAUGCAUGAAAAUUGGAUUUUAAUAAUUGUUACUGUGUGUUGUUACACAUGUUACUUUCUCAGUGGUGUACAAUGACUGACAGCACAAACUAGAUUCAGCUUUGUGUGACACAAUGGCAACACUUGACUCAUGAUUAUGAGCAAUAAUGCUGAAUCAUCAUUUGCUAAAUAUUAAAAUGUGUAUAAUUGAAUGUAAUGUCAUGAGAUAUGCUCCUUUACACACAGUUACCAGGGCCGGAGAGAGUGGAAAUGUUUCAGAAACCUUAGAUGGUUUCAUCAGUUCCCAGUUUGAAACACAGAAAACAUUGAGGACAAAUCAAUUGAAAGUCAAAGUCUUCUUAUGUCCCUCCUCUCAUGGCUGUCAGGUUGUGUCUCAGUGCCUGCAGUUCCUGGAUCAGCAGUGACAGCUGUGUAGCUGAGGCCUCUUUCUCCUUCACUGCCUCAGUCAGCGUCCGGACUGCGCCGCCCUGCUGGACUGGAGGCAAAAAGCCAAACUGUCAGCUUGUCUAUCGAGGGUUAGAUACAAAAUAUCCAGGAGAUAUCAGGGGAAACGAACGAAUAUGGUAUCUCACCCAAAAAGUAGAAGAUGAGUAACACUGUCAGCAGAAGCAGAGUGAUGAUAGCACAGCCCAUAGCAUAGGCAUGCGAAGAACUGGGCGUUAACAUAUCCUGUAGACAACUCUGCCAUUUGCUGCUGAUCGGACGGCCUCUUUGAUUGACAGUUGUCGUGUCGCUUGUGUAGAGAUUCCCAUUUGAGGAGGGCGAGUAAGCAGGACGAGGAGGCCUCAUCCCUGAAAUCAUAGACAGCGGAUCAAUGUCAGUGUGUUUGUACUUUUGUAGCUGGUUCGAAGUGUGCGUUGACCUUCUGGGCGGUCUUUUUGGGGGCUGGUGUGGCUGUGUUUGAUGCGUUUGUGUGUGUGUGUAUGUGUGUACCUUUGUGCCUGCGUUUGGGGUGUGUGUGUGUACCUUUGUGGCUGCUUCAGGUAUGUGUGUACCUUUGUGGCUGUGUUCAUAGUUUGCGUAUACCUUUGUGGUUGAGUUUGGGGUGUGUGUGUGUACCUUUGUGCCUGCGUUUGGGGUGUGUGUGUGUACCUUUGUGGCUGCAUUCAGGGCGCUACGUUCGGGGUGUGUGUGCAUACCUUUGUGGCUGCUUCAGGUAUGUGGGUACCUUUGUGGCUGUGUUCAUAGUUUGCGUAUACCUUUGUGGUUGAGUUUGGGGUGUGUGUGUAUCUUUGUGGCUGCAUUCUGUGUUCAGAUUUUGUGUGUAUCUUUGUGGCUGAGUUCGGGGUGUGUGUAUCUUUGUGUUGUCUGUGUUCAGAGUGUAUGUGCACCUUUGUGGCUGCAUUCGGGGUGUGUUUGUACCUUUGAGUUCGGGGUGUGUUCGGUGGAGAUCGUUGAUAGAAUCCACAGAAUGAAGCUCGAUCUCGGUGAGAUCUCUGUCGCUGACCCUGUGGAACUGAGGGGUAGUCUGGGAGGACGGAGGCCUCGACAUCUCGCCUCCUCUUGAGGGAUGGACAGAUGGUUCGACUGCCAGAAGGUUCAAGAUGGCACUCCACUGGUCAACGCCUUCUUUCCAGGGAAUAUAUCUGGAGGCUAUUUGAUCUUCCUAAAGUGUGCCAUGCAGCUUUUCACAGUAUUAGCUUCCAAAGGCCAUGAGAGGCAACACCUUUAAAAAAAGAAAUUAAAACAUCCACUAAGAUGGUGUGUGAGGGAAUUGGGCUCUGAAUAACUUAACUGGCUUUUGACUUUGUUGGGAUAUAGUUCGUAAUUGGAAUGUCAGCUCCACAAAAUAACAUUAUUUUGAUGUUGGUACUAUUUUUAAUUUGUAGCCAUUGUGUCUAAAUACUUCUUGCUUACUUCAUAGGAGACACAGCAGCAGCUACUGCAGAUGCUUUUUUGUCUGCAUUUACUUGCCCUACAUUAGAAAAUGGAAUUGUUUGUACUAAAUCUCAAAUACCAUGUUGGCAAUUACUAGAGGUGAGAAUAUGAUGGGUUGGUUCUGAAAGUGGAAGAGAA